AUGAGAUGUAGUUGGUACGCUCUGUGUUUGUGGUGCGCUACCGAACUGCAGGAGUGCGCCAAACACGGCCGACCGCCGAGGGCAGCGAAAGAGCGCAACUCCGCGCAUGUCUCGCAUGCUUGGAGCGCCCUAGAAGAAGAGCGGGACGGGCUAUCCCAUAUCCUGGGAAGGGAGAGGAGCCACGGGUCGGGGCUGGAGCAGCUGAUCGAGGCUUCCCGGUUAAGAGAAGCCAGCGUGGCGGCCGAGCAGAGGCAGCUCGCCAGAGAGAAGGACCUCUUGGAGAGCAAGGCGGCGAAACUCGAAGACGAGCUGGGUCAAGCUAGGGACUGCCUUGCGGACAUGUCCUCCAGGAUGUCGAUGUCCAUGACAGUCUCGCGGCGAGGGGGAGAGGGGGAGCGAGACACCUCCUCCUCCAACGACCCCGAAACCCCUUCCACCCCGGCCUCCUCCUCCAACAUGCUCGAGCUCUCUCCGGGCUCCGUCCAGUUCGCCCCUCGAGUCGCCUCUCCGGGUGGCGCAGGCGGCGGUGGUGAUGCCUCGACUUCCGGAUUGGCAAGGGACGGGACCGCGGCAGCCAGACCCGCGGCGAUGGCGGCGGCAGACGAGUGGCGAGCUCAGCACGAACAUCAGCAGCGGCAAGAACGUUCUGGAGCAGGAGACGGAGGCGGGAGCUCUCUCUCAGGGGGCGUAUGGAGGGGGGGGGGCGGCGGCGGCGGCGGCGGGGGAGGGGGGCGGUUCGUUGGAGGCAACGGGGGCGGUACGUUCAUGGGGCAGCAUCAAGGACGCCCGGCUCCUUCCUCAUCACAGGGCGUAGCUCCAGCCGAAGAGGGGUCAGCCGUGCACUACCGCGGGACAGGGGCGCCACGUCUGGAUGAAUACGAAAGUGGCGGCGGCAGCGGUGUUGGUGAAGGGAAGAGGGCGUCGCGUUUCGGGGAAGGACGGCGUGGACAGGCGCAGGAGGAAGAGGAUGAGGAGGGGGACAGCGGGGUCUUCGACCUGGAAGAUGUGAGGGGAUUCGUGCGGAGGGAAAGCCAGAGGUUGAGGGAGAGCGUCAGGGCCGGCCGCGCGGCCGCGGACAACGGAUGA